AUGACCAACAUGAACACGAAAAAUGAUAGAUUCUCUGAAAUAUCAUCGAGUGAUUUGGAAUCUGGAGGUAUAGUUAUUGUGGGAGGUGGAAUUGCAGGGCUUGCCACAGCAGUAGCUCUACACAGGUUUGGGUUGAAGAGCUUGGUUUUGGAGAGAGCGGAUUCAUUGAGAACAACAGGAGCUGCAUUGACCCUGAUGACCAAUGCUUGGAGAGCACUUGAUUAUCUUGGUGUUGCAAAAUCAAUUCGCAGGAAACAUCGACAGUUGCAGAAGGCACGGGUUACUUCAAUUUCAUCAGGAUUGACCAAGGAGAUCUCAUAUAGCAGCUGUGGGAAAUCAGGAAAUCAUGAGGUUAGGACUGUGCAAAGAAGUGUUCUUCUUGGAACCCUUGCAGAAGAAUUGCCUCCAGAUACAAUCAGAUUUAACUCCAAAGUUGUUUCCAUACAGCAAUCUGAAAGUUCUUCCUUGAUAGCAAUACAAUUGAGAGAUGGAGCACUAAUCAAAGCUAAGGUAUUGAUAGGAUGCGAUGGGGUGAAUUCUGUGAUUGCUGAAUGGUUAGGGCUUCCACCCCGUAGUCUGUCUGGGAGAUCAGCCAUUAGGGGAUUGGCAACUUAUCCUGAAGGGCAUAAUUUUGAGGCAAAGGUGCAGCAGUACUGGGGAGAAACUUUGAGGGCAGGUUUUGUUCCAUAUAAUGACAAGGAUGUUUACUGGUUCACAACCCAGACAUCACAUCCUAAUGAUUCAGAGAUUUCACAAGAUCCAAAGAAAAUUUUGGAAUUUGCAGUGGAGAAACUUGGAAGAUUUCCAGAGCCAAUGGUAGAUAUUGUAAAGAAGUCUCAGAUAGACACUUUAACAUUAGCCCCACUGAGCUUAAGAUGGCCCUGGCAAGUAUUACCAGGUCAACUGAGCAAGGGCAAUGUGUGUGUUGUAGGAGAUGCAAUGCACCCUAUGACUCCAGACUUGGGCCAAGGUGGUGGAGCUACACUUGAGGAUGCGGUGGUGCUUGGAAGGUGCCCUGGAAAAGCAAUGACUGCAACAGAUGGUUUAGAAGAUGACAAGAGGAUAGAAGAAGCAUUAAAUAAAUUUGUGGAGGAGUGACGAUGGAGAGCAUUUGGGCUAAUAAGUGGAGCAUACUUGACAGGCUUUGUGCUACAAGGGUAUGGGGGGCUUCUAAUGAGAUUCUUGCGAAACAAGUAUUUGGGUAGAAAGUUAUCAGAUAAUAUUUUGAGUCAGGCAGAUUUUGACUGCGGAGAACUUGGGGCAAACU